UUUCCAACUUUUUCUGUAGUACGCGGACGGAACUGAUAUGUCAAAAAUCAUAUGUUUUUUUAUUUACAUGAGUAUUUUUUUUAUUAGCGCGAGUUCAAAACUAUUCAAAGAAGAACAAUUUGAAGGUUUUGUGAAUUAUUAAAAGUUUAAAUAUUAUUCAUUACAUAUUUUAUAUUUAAAGUUAAAGCUUAAAAUUUUAAUGUAAAUGUCGAAAAACGUACGAAAAGCUCAAUGGGAGUCGCCCGAGGUAACAAGCAAAAGGAAACGUUUGGAUACAAAUUCUUCGAGUGCCAUACACCAAACGGAAAAUCUUUUUUGGCCCGAAGAGGAAGAGGAUAGUUUUUUCACAGUUUCGAAAUUAAAUUCUGCUACCGACUGGAAACUUUCCGCGGACCAUGUUGAAAAUGAAAACGCUUCCGUCUUACGUAGUCUUGAAUCUGAUACCAGCUUAUUUUGUGCACAUACGCCAAGUAGCAGCUUUCAAUUAAGCAAUUUCAAGGACGAUACUUUUCUAUCAAAGACUAUACUAGAUGAUGCAAUGUCAAGUUGUAAAUAUAAAAUUCAUUGUCAUGGAACUACUAAUUUAUUAUCCACUACCACCACCGAUAAAAGUUUUUUAACUGUCUCGACUGUCGAAAAUCUUUUUAAUGACACACCUCUAGAGUUAUUUAGCAGUCCAAACAAGAACUCUAUUGUAAAUAAAUCACUUAAUAAGGACUCAACUCAGUUUAGUACGGAAAAAAGUAAAAACUUUAAUGACGAUGAUGCGGAUGACAGCAUUUUCAAUACUAUUAAUUUACAUAGUGAGCAAGUUGAUGAUAGUCCAAAACAACUAAAGAUAGAUGACUCCAUCUUUGCCAAUAUAAAAAUUGAUGAUUUGACGAAGGUUGAUGGAAAAGAUAUAUUUACACAAAGGGUUAUAGAUGAGGUGGGCGUUCAAAAUUCUCAGAGGUUUUUAGAGGACGUCGCUAUAUUUAAAGUGCCAGAUGUACCCCCGCCAAUAAAGAAAAACUUCAGCGCAACUACAGUGACUGAGUCUGAUUUAUGUAGUUCCCAAUAUGCAAUACACAGUGAUUUGCCAAAUACUACUGUGCUAACAAAUCUUUCAAGACUGGACUGGGACUCUCAAGUGUUCUCAGAUAAGUUGGAAAAUGAGUUUCCCAGCAAAGGAGAUUUUUUUGGAUUGCCCGACAAAGUAAAACGAAUGAUAUUUGAGCACAAGGGUAUUAAAUCUUUGUAUGAAUGGCAGGAGGAAUGCUUAAAUCUACCAGCAAUUCAUAAGCGAAAGAACUUAAUCUAUGCAUUGCCAACAAGUGGAGGUAAAACACUAGUUGCUGAAAUAUUAAUGCUUAGGGAGGUAUUGUGUCGGGAGAAGGAUGUACUCUUUAUACUACCGUACGUCUCAAUAGUGCAAGAAAAGGUCAGCGCUAUGUCACCAUUUGCGAUAGCUAUGAACUUUAUUGUAGACGAAUACACUGCUGGCAAAGGAAAAUGUCCACCAAUGAAGCGAAAAAAGCGAAAAAGUAUUUUCAUAGCAUCCAUAGAAAAAGGCGCCGUUUUAAUGGACAGUUUAAUUGAGGCACAACGAGCUGAUGAAAUAGGUUUGGUUGUGGUAGAUGAAUUGCAUUUGAUAGGUGAAAAAGGGCGAGGUGCGACGCUAGAGGCUUUACUUACCAAGAUUAUGUUUAUAGAUGUUAAUAUACAAAUUGUUGGCAUGAGUGCAACUAUUGGCAAUUUAACGGAAGUUUCUACAUUUUUAAAAGCCGAUGUUUAUACACGCAGUUUUCGACCAGUUGAGCUUAAGGAGUAUAUAAAAUGUGGCAAUGAUAUAUUGGAGAUAAACGCUUCUGGUAAAACAUUAGAGGAAGUUUUUGUUUACAACCGCAGCGUUGACUUUAAUUAUAACGAAUCUGUAACACGGUCCGAUCCAGAUCACUUGGGAGGAUUAGUCGCAGAAUGCGCACCGCAACAUUGUGUGCUCGUAUUUUGUCCGUCGCGUAAAAAUUGUGAAAAUGUCGCUUUACUCUUAAGCCAUAUUUUACCAAAAAAAUUCGUGGAACACCGCAAACGUGAAAAGGAUGAUCUGAUGGAUGCAUUGGAUAAAGUGUGUGGCGUACUCGGUGAGGUCUUGGCCAAAACUAUACCUUACGGCAUAGCCUAUCAUCAUUCCGGUCUAACCAUCGAUGAAAGGAAAUUCAUAGAGACUGCAUACCGUUUUGGUGUAUUAAGUGUAAUCUGUUGUACGUCCACUUUGGCGGCAGGCGUUAAUCUUCCUGCCAAGCGUGUCAUAAUACGUGCACCGUAUGUGGGUUCUGAUUUUAUGACACUUUGUCGCUACAAACAAAUGGUGGGACGUGCUGGACGCGCUGGUAUGGGUGAAGCUGGUGAGAGCUUUCUCAUAACAACUAGUCGGGACAAUAUACGUGUUGGCGAAAUGCUAUUCUCGCCAAUGGACAAAGCUAUAUCUUCUUUGAAUAUCGAAAAUAGUGUUGGUUUGCAGAGUUUAGUAUUAAGUGCGAUUGGCUUAGAAAUUGCCACAUGCCGUAACGACUUGUAUCGUUUGGUGGGUAGUACUUUGCUUUCGGUGCAAGCGCCGCAAUUACAACUUUCAGCUGAGGAAAUGGUUCUAAAUCUUAUACGCGAGUUGUUCAAAAACAAAAUACUUGAAUUAUGUUCCCCAGCUGCAGCGGGCAAGCGUAACACUUCGGGCAUACUUACCACACAAGAUGUGAAAAAUCACACCAACCGCUCAUCGCAGGAACAUCGGCGCCUUUUCGUCAGUAAAUCCACGCGUUUCCAGUUGACAGACAUUGGUCGCGCUGCCUUUAAAGCAGGCAUUGAUUACAAACGUACUUAUACAAUACACGAUGAGCUGAAAUUCGCCCAAAAGCAAUUAAUAUUAACAAACUAUGCACAUUUACUCUAUUUAGUGGUGAGUUUCAAUUCAAAUGCAAAAGGUGAUGAAUUAUUUCCAGCUGAUGCGGGAAUCCUCUAUCGAAUAUAUAUGUCAUUGGAUGAGACAACACAAACACUAUUCCGGCUGCUUGGUUUCAAUGAAGCCAUCGCCGUGAAAAUGGCAAAAACAAUGUCCGUACAAGGACCGCUGGAAUUGAAAUUGAAUCGACUCUAUAAGGUAUUGGUACUGAUUGAUAUUUUAAACCUGAAACCAUUACCCAGAGUAGCGUUACGCUUUAAAGUGGAACGUGGCAUCCUUCAAACGCUUAUAAAUCAAUCAACUGCAGCAGCUAGUGCAAUAGUGCGUUUAUGUGACCAAUUGGAAGACUUUUGGUGUUAUAAAGCAUUGUUCGAACGAAUCGGCACGAAAUUAGACCGUUGUGGGACGAUGGAGUUGGAGCCGUUACUUGAUUUACCAGCGGUUAAAAUUAAUCGUGCUAAGCAAUUGUAUAGCGCUGGCUUCAAGACAAUCGAAGAUAUAGCCAAAUGUAAACCAAUUAAUUUAGUAAGAUCAGUGGAACAUAUGCCAAUGAAAAUAGCUAAAGAAAUCAUCUCAGCGGCUAAGAUUAUUUUAAUGAAAAAACUAGACUAUCUGGAAGAAGAGGCUGAAGCAUUGAAAAUUUGUCUCCAAUUUCUAUGCUGAAAGACUUUAUCGGCGAAUCAGCGUCUGUACAUUUUCUUAAGAAACUGUUAUCAACAUGUUGCCAGGCGUGUG